CAGUCUGAUUCGCGCCCUCGUCGCUGUCAUCGCUGUCGCGUCUGUCUCCUAAAAUUCUAACUCUAUUUGCUAUUUUAAAAACCUAGGAAGAAAAAAUUCAAACCACGUCCAUUCAAUUUAUUUCAAAUCUUACCACUUCCCGUACAACGUAAAAGAAUCACUUUAAAAUGAUCGCUUUUGAUGAAUUGAGUCCUGGAAGUUAAAGCAGCGUGAGCUCUCCUGAAACAAGAUUCGUAAAUUUAGAAGUAAAACUAAAAAAUAAAGUUAUUUAAAUAUUGUUUAUAUUUAUAUCGAGGAAUAAGCAACUCACUUAUCCUGUUCCUUGCAUUUCAGAAUGUGCUUCGAAAAUUUGUGAAAGUUUGUGAAUUUCCCCUCCGUACGCUUCCUCCAGGGAUAAGUGAUUGAAUCUCAAGGUGGCCAAGAAAUUAAGAAUGAUUAAUGGUCCAAUGCAUUACUGUAUGCAUUUAUUUAUUCGUAACGUGUGCAUGUUCAGCUUACAGGGACUUUUAAACAUUUUUUUUCCAAAAUAAAAUUGUUCUCACUUUGUGUCUCCUCUUCAGGUUUUCAGAUUAUAUAUACUGUGAGCAGAUCAUAGAACAAUCGCCUGAAUAAUUCAGUUAGGUAUUUACAGAAUAAACUGAAUAUAUAAAUAGGUAUAAAAUUCCUAGAGUUUUCCAAUCGGUGAUGAAUUGCAUUGAAUGUGACUAGAACGAAAUUUGUUUGAAUACUGAUCCGUGACGACAUGUGACCACGUUUAAUAUUAUGAGCGGUAAAAAGUGAACGCACGAGUAUGUUGUGAACGAUAACUUAAAAGCUCUAAACGUAAAGUUUACGUUCUCUUCCGUGAGACAGCUUCUCUGUGAAACAAUUUAAAUUUUGGAUAUAUCUCGCAGCUCUGCAAAAAUGAGGAAGGAAGCGUGCUAUGACGGAUAGCUCAGUUUGUGGAUUCAUCGAUGCCAAAGUCCCAACAAAAGGCAAACGUUUUGGACCAUGGAAGUCCUGGAGAAGACAGUGGUGUAUGGUGAAAAGAAUCGGCAAUCGACUCGAAGUACAGUUAAGUACCCACAAAGGACACGUCACAAACAAAAUAAAUGUGCCGCAUGACGCUAUCAUAUGUCGCUCCGAGUCAAGGUCCCGUCCGUUUGCCUUUGGCAUAUUCUAUCAGGGAAGUGUUUCAUGUGGUGCCUGUGUUUUCUUAGCCGGGGAGUCGGAAACCGAAACACAAAAAUGGAUGGCAAACAUUCGAGAUCUUCUUCGCCCCUCUAUGAGAAUGCCCGGUGACGGAGAAUUUUCAGUUUCUGUGAUUGACAACGACCAUUCUCGAGCCGCAGGACUCAUAGGUCUGUACGGGAUCUUAAGUAUUGAAGCCACCGAAAUUACGAUCAGAGAUCCUUAUACAGAUACCGUGAAAGUACGAUGGCCGUGGAGCACCUUCUACAAUAGUUUCAUUCCUUCGCCAGUCAACUCAGAGGAUGUCAAUAGGAUAUGCGUACUCCAAACCGGAAGCUCCUUUAACUCGGGAAUAGGGAAUCUGAAGCUGUUUUGCCCGAACGCAAGCGAGCUUCACGAGAGCCUCUCCUCUUGCCAAAGGAACCGGAUCCAAAGAAGGCUCAUGCACACACCGCUGCCAGCUCCACCGUCGCCGCCACCCUCCGUCUACCACUCUCAUUCGCAUUCACACUCGCCCACGCCAUCGUUUACCUACUUCACGACCCCUCUCCCCGCCUCCCCACCCCCCGCCUCGCUGCUGGCUACCCGGAGGAUGAGCAGGAGCGAGGGAGAUCUCCAACUUUUCCUACUUCAACACACCUUGCCGCGGCAAGCCCUCCUCAGAAUAUCUCAGGACGAUCUAGCUACUAGUAAAAGUACGAACAAUCUAUUAUUUGCAAGUGUCGGGCUCUUAAUGACAACACCAGGGUCAAGCGUGCCAGGUUCUAUGACAAAUUUAGCUCAGUGCCAUGCUGUCCUACCGGUCCCUGUGCCUGCACCUCAGUUCAUCGUCCAUAACCUAGAGAACCUGUACAAAGACAAAGACUCUGAGACUCAGUCCCAAACAGAGUCAGACGAAAGAAGUCGAGGCAAUAUCUAUGAGCGACUUCCGCGCAAGGUGUCCAACAACUCGAUGACCAGCCUAACAUCAGGCAUCUACGAGGAGAUUGACGAUAAGCCAGUCCCCCCUCCACAGAUUUGCCCUCAACCCCCACCUCUGCCACCUAGGAGUCCUUUGAUCAAAAAAAGCACAGCGGUGAGGAAAAAACCCACAAAAGAAGAAGAAUCGGACUAUGUUCCAAUGUCGUUGAAAAGUCAGCCAGCUCAAGAAUAUGUAGCCAUGGUAGGAAGGAAACACAAGUCAAAACUAAUUGUAUCUGAUCCUGUUCCGAUUUAAUACUUAGAAUAUACCGCUUGCCUCAUGACACAAAACUGGAGUCACAAUGGUUUCCUCCUAUGAGAGGAAAACAACACAAAAGUAUGAGUUUGUCACUUGAAUGAUUCCUUUGUGAGAAAAUAAAUUUUCGUGUGCAACAAG